AUGCCGCGCAAAACCAAGACCGCCGCCUCAGUUGCAGAAAACCGCGAAGCUCAGCGAAGGUCCAGAGCCCGACGACGAGAUCUGAUUGCCGACCUGCGGAGACGAUUGGAAGAGUACGAGCGGAUAGGCGUGGCAAGCGCGAUAGAAAUGCAACGCGCUGCUCAGGCCGUCAACAUACAGAACCAGCGACUGAAGAGCUUGCUUGGCGUGUACGGGGUCCCGGAGGAUGAGAUUGAACAGUAUCUGUCCUCCGGCGAGGAAGGCUGCGUGGAACUGAAUCGUCGCCGUGAAUGCACCACAUGUGGACGCUUACUGCCUAGGAUCACGCAAACGAUGACCGUGCCGAUGGAAGGCCGGCCCCAGAGCUCCUAUAGGUCUGCACCGAGCACGGCCAGGGACGCAGUGCCGACGCUGGGAUCGGGCUUGUUGACUUUAGCCAAGCCGACACCUAUUCGGAAGCAGUCACCAUAUGCCGAAUCGCCGUUUCGAUCGACGGCAAUGUCCCGAAAAGAACAUGAAGAGACAUGCGUGCUUCCAGAAGAGGCACAGAGAUUGCACCGCAGAUCUCAUGCGGCAAACGGGCUUGGCAGCACAACUAAGGGUAACACUCCAGUCCCGAUUGACGUGCUCUCGGCGCUGUCCGACUCUCUCGUCUCGUCAAGUUCCGUCACCGACGACGGUGACCAUUCGGAAUCGCUGAGAACAUCGUGCGACAAAGCGGCAAAGAUACUCGUCGAACUUCACAACUAUGUCGAUCCGUCCCGGGCUCGUUCGGCGCUCGGGUGCCAUGGAGAUAGCAGCUGCUCGGUCAAGAACACCAAGAUCUUUGAGCUCAUGGACCACCUUGAAUAG